ACAAUCUCAUCAUCACCCACAACACCGAGCACCCCAAUCUACAGAUCAAUUCACUGACAGUUCACUGAGAUGGCUAAGCGCCUGGUCCUCUUUGCGGCAGUAGUCGUCGCCCUCGUGGCUCUCACCGCCGCUGAAGGUGAGGCCUCUGGACAACUACAAUGUGAGCACGAGCUCGAGGCAUGCCAACAGGUGGUGGACCAGCAACUCCGAGACGUUAGCCCCGGGUGCCGCCCCAUCACCGUCAGCCCGGGCACGAGACAAUACGAGCAGCAACCUGUGGUGCCGUCCAAGGCCGGAUCCUUCUACCCCAGCGAGACUACGCCUUCGCAGCAACUCCAACAAAUGAUAUUUUGGGGAAUACCUGCACUACUAAGAAGGUAUUACCCAAGUGUAACUUCUUCGCAGCAGGGGUCAUACUAUCCAGGCCAAGCUUCUCCCCAACAGUCAGGACAAGGACAGCAGCCAGGACAAGAACAGCAACCAGGACAAGGGCAACAAGAUCAGCAGCCAGGACAAAGACAACAAGGAUACUACCCAACUUCUCCGCAACAGCCAGGACAAGGGCAACAACUGGGACAAGGGCAACCAGGGUACUACCCAACUUCACAGCAGCCAGGACAAAAGCAGCAGGCAGGACAAGGGCAACAAUCAGGACAAGGACAACAAGGGUACUACCCAACUUCCCCGCAACAGUCAGGACAAGGGCAACAACCGGGACAAGGGCAACCAGGGUACUACCCAACUUCUCCGCAGCAGUCAGGACAAGGGCAACAACCAGGACAUGAGCAACAGCCAGGACAAUGGCUGCAACCAGGACAAGGGCAACAAGGGUACUAUCCAACUUCUUCACAGCAGUCAGGACAAGGGCAUCAAUCAGGACAAGGGCAACAAGGGUACUACCCAACUUCUCUGUGGCAACCAGGACAAGGGCAACAACCAGGACAAGGGCAACAAGGCUACGCCAGCCCAUACCAUGUUAGCGCGGAGUACCAGGCGGCCCGCCUAAAGGUGGCAAAGGCGCAGCAGCUCGCGGCACAGCUGCCGGCAAUGUGCCGGCUGGAGGGCAGCGACGCAUUGUCGACCAGGCAGUGAUAGAACUCUCUGCAGCUUGCAUGGUGCUUGGGCAUGCAUGCACCUUAGCUAUACAAUAAACGUGACGUGUGUUCACAGCUUUUCGUGUAA